UUUUUUUCUGUCGUUAUAUCCGGGCGAACGUUGGCUGAUAUUUGUGGGACUCAUGUAAAAUCACUUUAUGUCUUAAUGGCUUUACGUUUGUUUGACUUAUUUGAUUGACUACUUUCCAAAUCCAGCAGGCUCGCAAUGCUGCUUUAAUCCACCUUUGUGAUCCACCCGAUCGAGCUAGUCCAUUGUUAGCCUAGCUUUAGCCAUGCUCUCAUGUCGUGUUGUUGUUUGUCUGCUGGACUCUUUCACUAAUCACGGCUACUAGCUAGCUUCAUGUGUCUGGCCUUUACGUGUUGCUUGCUUUUAACAAGUCCUAGUGAGGAUGUUUGAUGUUUGUCACGCUAGCUAGCAGCUGACCUGUACGGGGACUGUUUGUUUCGUUUUCAGCUUUGAUGUUAGCGAGCUAGCUAGCAGGUGACGUCUGUUUUCUUUGAGGCGAGCUAACAUAACUCAGCCAACUCUAGUGAGGCUUUAAUUAGUUGCGUUAGUGCUGCUUUCCGUAACGAUGGCCUCAUCUUCGGGCAACGACGACGACCUGACCAUCCCGCGCGCCGCCAUCAACAAGAUGAUUAAGGAGACGCUGCCCAACGUGCGCGUGGCCAAUGACGCGCGCGAGUUGGUGGUGAAUUGCUGCACUGAGUUCAUCCACCUAAUCUCCUCUGAAGCCAACGACAUCUGCAACAAGUCCGACAAGAAGACCAUCUCGCCAGAGCACGUCAUUAAUGCUCUGGAGAGCCUGGGCUUUGCCUCCUACAUCACUGAGGUGAAGGACGUCCUGCAGGAGUGUAAGACUGUUGCCCUCAAGAGGAGGAAGGCCAGCUCCCGCUUGGAGAAUCUGGGAAUACCUGAAGAGGAGUUGCUAAGGCAGCAGCAGGAGCUCUUUGCCAAGGCUGAGAUGCUCGGCCCUCCCAACCGAGGAUUGGUUGAAGCCAGAUCAGACCAAGGCACUCGGUUUCAUUUUGGAAAUCAUGUGGACCUUGCUAAGACUGGUUGGUGAGCUGACCAGUUCUUUCUGUCAUUGGCAUUAGUCUGGCAUUGCAAUUGUUUGUAUCUACUGUUUUUAAGAUUAAAAUUUAAACCUUACUUGAGACUCUUAGCAUUAUUUCACUGGUCCUGCUAAAAGGGCCGGUCCGAACACACCCACACAAUACUAUAUUUUUGGGGGGGGGGUUGUGCCCUGUCCGGCCAAUGGGGCAGAUGGUAUUGUUGGUCUAAUUGCCCUUACCUGCUAAACAGAUUUGCUCUGCCAGGGAAACGUGUAAGAUACUCUUCUCCUGUUAUAUAGAUUUUUAUUUAACUUUAUUUUAUGUUUUGUUAUACAAAUUUGAAGCGACCGGAGCAGGAGGGGAUAGAAAAGAAAAUAGAAGGGAGAGUGCGGGGACAAGAACAACAGAAGUUGCAACGACAAUAACAAAACAGAAACAAACGGCACUACUUAAGCAAAUUAUAUUAUAGAGACUGUAGUAAGUAAUUUAACAAUACAGAAUAGUCACCAUCUCAUGUCCUUAGGUUCUAAUGUAGACACGAGUGUCCGCAACAUCUCUUAUGAUGGUGUUCAAUCAAAUGUCUUGACUACUGACUGGUAGCUGACAUGGAGCAAUACCCGUGCGUGUCUCACACAGAAGUACCAGUUACGACUUCCCCUUGCUAGUGGGCGAUAGUAAUUACAAUAAUUUUCAGCAUUUUUAAAAAUUGGAACUUAAUCAGUGGCAAGGGCAGUGUCUGACCUCCGGGCUGCCAGUUGCCCAUGUCUGCCUUGCAGCAUGUCAUGUACUGUCUUGACUAUUCCAGCAUCAUCCAACAUGAAUAAAGACGAAUCAGAGCUCAUUAGUGAUCACUGGUCAAUGAAAAGGGUCAGUUUUGUCAGCGUGUGACGGGUGUGGUUUGGUGUCCGUCCGUGUGUGUGUGUGUGCGUG